GCGGCCAAAAUCCCAGGAUGGUUGCAUGGAAAAUUCUUUCACCUUUGUCCGGGGUGGGCGAUCUGAUUGACUUCCCGUGACUUGGAGGGUUGGCGGCGCUGCCCUUUAGGCUUGGGAGUUAGCCUGACCCCACUUACCCAGGCAUUCUUAGGUGCCACCGGCCGCCUAGAUCAACACAAUCUCCAAUCAUAACAGGCUUCGUGACAGGCUUCAGGUUCUCCAUCGGCCCCUAACAAUCCUAUCGCCAUCGCCAGUCUCUCGUAUCAGUUUCUGGUUAUCAAUGGGCUGAUGAGCUUCAAAACAUCACCUUGCAGCGACCGACUCUGUCGCUUUUAGCACUUCACACUACUUGCGACACCUUUUUUCCGCUCGAAUUUUCCUGCUCUUCCAUCUCAAUUCCAGUCUUAUAUCCUUGCAUAGGCGGUCUUUUGUUUUUCCACUGUUCCUUGCUCAUGAUGCCUAAGGCAUAGUCUAAUUUCUCACUGACAUCAUACCUCCAGCACCUGCUGGCUACCCAUCCUAUUGACCAACCUUGAAGCUACCCCCUGCACUCAACCCACCAUGUCGCAACGAAAUAAACAACCUCCUUCCAACUGGGACGCGUACGAACGUGGCCGAGCUGGUUCCUUUGGUUCUCUCGAGUCCGUCCCGGAAGGUGAACCACCUCUCCUCUCCACCUCCUCCCCACGAGACAUCUUCCACAGACCUUCCCAGGAUGGCGGCGCUCGUCUACGACGAAAGUCCUCCAUUGGCAAAAGAUUUGAUUCUCUCCGACAAAUGGGCGGUCCGAAUAGCAUUGACAACUUUGCAAAGUCACUUCAGCGCGCCGCGGGCUUCCGAGAAAUCACCCCCAUCCGCAGAGGUUCUGUCACCCUAGGUGAUCAGGACCCCGAAGCAGGUGAGGGCGAUGGAGAACAGAGUACAGCUGAGCCCAACAGGUCACUGUUGAGGCAACAACUACUUCAUUACGACAUGGGUAAUGACAACAGCUCAGCUAUUCAAGACGAGCAGCCCGAAGCAGAAGCCACCGAAUCGACAAGGCUUCUACCACAGCAAAGUCGUCAGACUCUAAAAUCGAUCAGUGGAUCUCUUGCUCCUGGUUCCUUCCGAGGAAGCCAAAGUCAGUUUGGCACCAGUCAUGGCAGUAUCUCCUCCAAACUCACCAUCACCGCUCGACAACGAGCCACUAUCUUGAUUAUGGAACAAGAAGAGGCUAGUCGGCGUGCCUUGGAAGACCCGGAUGAAGAGUUCAAAGACGAUCACCCACGAUUGAUUGAGCGAGAAGUCCGUCCAGAUGGUGAAGUGAUUGAACGGACCGUGGGAGAGUCGACUGUGCCUCAGACCAUCUUCAACUCCACCAACGUUCUCAUUGGCGUUGGCAUCUUGGCUCUUCCUUUGGGCAUUAGACAUGCGGGUUGGGUCAUUGGCAUUGGAUUCCUGACUAUUUCCGCUCUUGCCACUUCCUACACGGCCAAACUACUUGCCAAAUGUCUCGAUACCAACACCGGCUCGUCCACAUACGGCGACAUUGCGUUCCUAGCCUUUGACACGUGGGGUCGAAACCUGGUCGAGUCUCUCUUCAUCCUAGAAUUGACUGGUGCUAAUGUUGCCCUUGUGAUUCUUUUCGCUGACAGUAUGUCCUCGCUCUUUGCCGGCUUGGACAAUUUGACCUGGAAAUUUAUCAUUGCCCUGGGCUUGGUUCCUCUGAAUUUCGUUCCGUUCAAAUACUUGAGCUACACCAGUGUGAUUGGCAUUUUCUGUUGCUUGGGAAUUGUCGUCAUCAUCUUUGUCGACGGUCUCAUCAAACCUCGGACACCAGGUUCUCUGAGGGAAGUCGCGACGACGUAUGCGUUCCCUGAAAACUGGGCAUUGGUUCCUGUCAGCUUGGGGGUCAUCAUGGCGCCUUGGGGUGGACACAGUGUCUUCCCUGCCGUUUACAAGGACAUGCGACACCCGCAAAAGUAUGGUCGUGCUGUUCGGUACACCUACAUCUUUACCUAUGGACUCGAUCUUUCCAUGGCCGUUCUGGGCUAUCUGAUGUUUGGUGAGAAGACAAUGGACGAGGUAACUGGCAACAUCCUCCGCUCGACAGCAUACCCCGAAGCCCUCUCUCUGGUCUUGGUGAUCCUCAUUGCCAUCAUUCCCAUCACCAAAAUCCCCCUGACCAACCGGCCCAUCCAAGACACCGUCAACAAAAAAUUGUACAUUGACCUGCGUCAAAUGGACCACAAAGCAAGGGUCGCCAGUGAAGCAAGCUGGAAGCAUCGAUUAGCCCGUGGUGCCAUCUGCGUGGUGACCAAUCUGGUCCAGCUCGCAUUCGCCAUCUUCUUUCCUGAUUUUGACAGUCUGAUGGCAUUGCUGGGUUCCUUGUUUUGUUUCACCAUUUGCAUCAUCCUCCCUGUGGGCUUCUAUCUCAAGAUCUUUAGCGAGGAGGGCCAAGAGAUCAGCAAAUUUGAAAGAAUCGGUUGCUGGAUUCUCAUGUCGGUGUCGACUGCGUUGGCAAUUCUAGGAACAGUGUUUGCCAUCUUACCAAAAGACAAAACUGGUGCGUUGUAAAUGAAGUGAACAGAGCCAUCUCCUCAACCCAGCAUGGUUGUUUGUUUGUUCGACAUCAAAUACGAGCACUCGGUUGGUAUGGAACACAUAAAUUUACAUAUUAUCAAAGUGUACAUGAUCGAAAUCUAAUCGUACUCAAAUCCUAA